AUGACUGCCUCUACCACCUCAGACUCGCACCUCCUCACCCCCGUUGACUCUGUCACGGUCAACCCAUUUCUCUAUCGCGUCGACGACGACGUUACCUUCCUCGAGCUCGACGCCUACCUCUGGUGCAAGGCCAACGACAGGAAGGUGCCCAGCCUCCGCUUCGAAAACCUCGAUUACCGCAGUCAAGACCUCGCCGCCCUGCUCGACGAGUAUGCCAUUAGUGGCAGUUCCGCCCUCCGCUCGCGCAUCUCCGGUGUGAUCCACUUUGCCGCCUUCAAGUCUGUCUCCGAGUCCAUCUCGCAGCCCAUCGACUACUACCGCAACAAUGUCUGCGGCCUCGUCGAUCUCGUCGCACUCCUCAACACGUACGGUAUCCACAAGUUUGUCUUCUCCUCCUCGGCCACCGUGUACGGGACUAAAGCGGACCUCGGCCAGCCACUGAGCGAGUACGACGUCGUCCACCACCCCGAGUCAUUCCUCGACCGCCAAGGUGACGUCUCGCACGCCACACCAGGUGUCACGGGGCUCACUUCCCCCUACGGUCGAACAAAGUACUUUGGCAAGGCUAUUCUCGCCGACGUCGCAUACUCUGCUCCCUCCAAGUGGAGCAUUGUGGCUCUGCCAUACUUCAACCCGAUCGGGUGCGACGCCUCGGGCCUGCUGGGCGAAGACCCGCGUGGCGUCCCCACCAACCUCUUCCCCGUCAUCACAAACGUACUCACCGGCCGCCGUGACCACCUCGACGUCUGCGGCAGCGACUGGGACACGCGCGACGGUACGGCAAUACGCGACUUCAUACAUGUCUCCGAUCUCGCCCGCGGCCACAUUGCCGCUCUCGAUACCAACAUCAGCGCGCCCUUCCGCACGUUCAAUCUCGGGACGGGCAAUGGCACGACCGUCGCCGAGGCGAUUCAUGCACUGGAGCAAGCCUCGGGACGCAAGGUCCCUUCGCCCCUCGCGCCCCGCCGCCCCGGCGACGUCGGCUCUUGUGUCGCCUGA